CCCGAGUCAGUUGUUGUUUGGGCGUCAGAGCGAGCGGACGUGUUACGCUCCUCUCCCUGUCAAGGCAUCACUGGGAUUCGGCCAAAAAACCCCCGCAAAAGAAAUUCUCCAAUUUCCUUCCCUUUAGCAUCAUCGUCUGCCCCAAUGACCAGACGCAUGACGUGGAAUAUUUAACAAAGCAGUUGUCCCUGAGAAGUGAUUUGUGUAGUUGCGAAUAUUCCCACCACCGAAGUGUUUGUUUGAUGUUACAAAGUUCUGGAAGUUGACGAACCGGAGGAUUAAAGGAUUCGUCACUCGUAUCAAUUUCUAAAAAAAAAAAAAAAUAAAGUCUCUUUCGGGAGAUACGAGGAAUAUUUCAGACGACGGCGACGCACGUGACAAUUAUGAUAAUGAUGAAGUUGUAUAGAGCGGAAAUCAACGUCUUUAGGUUAGGAGCGGUUAUGAUGGCCCUCAUCAUCGGAGCCUCAGCCAGUCUGGACAUGGCCAAAAUCCGGCAGGAAGGAGGCCGGAUGAUCACUUCCUCCACCCUGGCAUGGCUGGAGAGCCACCCAAGAGGGCACCCUCACGCAGUCCUCGUGAACGAAGACGACCCAACGACAGUCUGGUGCCGAGCUCAGAAACACUCUCACUGGAUGGCCGGUUCGAUGCACAACGGAGUCUGCACCGUCCCUUACUUCAACAAUCCACUGAGGGCCGAGGACAAGUUCGAGAUCUUGAUAUCCGUGAAUGGGUCGGCAAAAGUGAGGUAUAUGGAGUGGGAUAGAUACCUAGCCCCACCUCACAAUGCCGUUGCGGCCCAGCCGAAGCUGUUUCUGGCAGUACGCAUGGCCGAGAAGGGAGUUCCGGAGGCUGGGUUUUUAUCGCCCAUGGAAAGGAGAGUCCACUUGGUGUCUGGAAACGCUGUGGAGGUGGUUGACAAGGCACUGGUGCUGGUUGAAGAUCAACCAGUCAGGUAUGACCUCAGGGGAGUCAAUCUGGAUGCCAGUCGGACCUCAGUAGACCACGAAGAUAAAGUUCUGGCUUCUGCCAAGCUUCUGAAUCCUGGUCCAUCACGGCAGCAUGUGGUUGAAGCCAGAGAUGUCGUAGUUGCUCACCUAUCCUACUGGGGACAAGUUAAAGGCACAUAUACUGGUCUUCCAGCACACGUGGUAUCCCCUCCUCCCGACAAUGAUGAGAGAGAUAUCUACUGGGGAAUUCAAAACGAAUUUGACAGCGCACACAGAGAGUUGCUGGAAUACAGCCUUCCUCCUGGAACGGGAGUCAACGUAAAACUGAUCGGAACAAUUCGCAAAACAGAGGCACCGUAUUACGCAUCACUGACAGCUGUUUACGAAGAUGGGGACCAGACCUCAAGAGUUAUCGAAGGCUUGCACAUGGAUCGAAGACUCAUCUUACUCCGUGCAGAGUAUUCCAAACCUUACUUCAUUCACAACAACACAGAGCUCGACGUCGCAGAACAAUCUACAAUUCUAUACAAGUCUACUACAACAACUACAACCACAACUACUUCUACCACAACUACUACCACACCUGAGCCACCAAAAUUAUCCAUGGUAGGGCCCGAAAAGCCAAAAAGUGACUCAUUAAGUACAACGUCGGAACAAGAGUUGGUAGUGACCCUCAAUAAUGCUGGAUUAACUAAAGCCCCAGUGAGCCUUGCUUUCUUACCAUCAAUAUUAGCUGCAAUAAUUCUCUGGUGUUUGUCAACUAGGAGCCCUUGAAACAAGUGAUUUGUCUACUACUCUAAGUAAACCAUUUUGGAUACUUAUGUUCUGAGGUGAAAAUAAUAGGCUGCUGGGCUGAAACAAGAAAAUUAGUAAUGUGAUCAUUUCAUUAGAAAUAAAAGUGUACUCAGGAUCUUUGAAACUGGAAAUGUCUCGAAAAAACAUAUCAGGAAAAGAUACCUUAGGUUAUUUACAUAGAGUAAUGUGAACUCAGAGGACCAACAUGUGAUAAUCCAAAGUGUUUCAUUCACGUAUUGGGGUAGCAAUCACAAAGUCAUUUCCUGCACACUACUUGAAGUGCAUAGCACAAACAAGAAGCAAUAUACGUAUACUGUAAUGAUCAACUCUAUAUAAAUUAAUCUGAUCCUCUACAAGCCUUAGUGUGGCUUACUAUAAAUUUUCUCAGUUUUUGGCAAUCAAAUCCACAUCAUGUGGUCACUUUUCUGGUCAGAAAAACGUGAAUGUAUUUCAAGUGAACGAAAUCUGAUUCUCUCUCUGGAAGGACAGUUUACUUAUUUCUGGUGACCAUAACUCUGUAUACAUAAAAAGGUCUCCUUGACGGUCUUUCAGCGUUGCCAGCAGCUACGUGGUGAAAAGGACGCAGUCCUCUAGUUUAAAUCUUGCUUCUCUACUUCUUUCAAAAUACAGGCUUUCUUGUCCGAAAUGAUAAACUAUCUUGUGGGCCAUUUUCUCAGGAUAUCAACACCAGAAAAGACAAAGGAAAUAUGUCUAUAAAAAGGUCUGUCACAAGCCUGACUAUGUGUCACCCAUCUCUUGGGUAACUGCUUCUGCUUUCCACUGCAUAGUGGGUGUGGAAGUUCAGUCUGGAUUCUUGGUAAUCUGGCCUCUCCUAACAGGAGUCAAAGCGGUUAAAAAUCCAUGUUUGUCAGCGUAAAUAAAUAGUAAUACAUAGAGUGAGCUCACAAUGGCAUGAAUGAGUGGAACUAAAUGUUUUCAUUCACAAUUACAAUGAAAGUGCGACUGGGGUAGCGUGCGAGAGUGUAUAUAAAUAUACUAAGUGUAUAAGUUUUAUUGUACAUUGCAGAUAAUUAUCUAUUAAAAAAAAAAGGCUUUUUCUCUCUGAUCACCAGAGUGCUGGUCUCUCUACUAUAUAUUGCAAGCGUGUUAUUUAUUUCUCCAGAUUAUCUUUUUUCUUAUUACCACAAACCUCCAGAAUGUUAAGCCUACAAACAACCCAACAUUAAUACUAUAAGCAAUUCCACGGGCUAUGCACUGAACUCGGUAAAUACAGAUGACACUAGACACAUUUUCCAAGGCGACUUGAUCUCAAGAUAUACAACUGACGCUACAACACACACUCAUGUUCCAAGGAGAUUUGAUCUCGGGAAUCACACCAACACUGGAAAUACACAGAUAUCUUAGGUGGUGAGUUGACUUACAAAAUACUUAACAUACUAAUGAGCUGUCUACUAAUGCUUCCAAAUAUCCACGCUGAGGAGGAACACAACGUUGUGUUUGCUUAGGGUCUCACAAUAGUGCUGAAAACAGAUGAUGCCUGGUCUUUUAUGCUUUAGGUUUUCUUUACUGGAUAACUACAAUGCACAAGACACUUGUGGGUGGAGAUGGCAAGCAGCACAUACCUUUGCCUGGUUUGGCUUCGCAAUAUGCUGAUAAUGUAAGCUUGAACGUUACUGUGUGUGUGUGUGGGGAAAAAACGUUCUGGUGAGGGACGCUUUUUUUUUUUUUUUUUUUUUUUUUUUUC